CGAAAAACCGUGUUUGCAUUUCGCUGUGAAACCAUGAACGUUUGCGCCGCCAACAGGCUUUCCGUGCUUUCUUUGUAUCGUGAUCUUCUGCGAUACGGUGCGCAGUUGAAGUACACGGACAAGGAUUUUUUCCGAGCGCGCAUUCGAGCCGAAUUCCGCAAAUCGGCGUCGCUAAGCGAUCCAAAGGAAAUCGACUUCUGCUACAAGAAAGGACGAGCGAUACUUGAACGUGACCGCGUCAUUUAGAAGUGGCCACCCAAUAAAAAUGCACUGCUUUCGCCGCUUAUUACCGGUGGUCAGUGGUUUCAGUCGCCCGCUUCCGUUCUCUCUGCGGCCAAUUCCAGCCGGAUGGCGCACGUUUUCGAAAUCAAUCGACGAUACCCGUGUUCCGUUGCUACACGAGGAGGAUCUAGAGGAAUCGUUCGUCCGAGGCAGUGGUCCUGGUGGACAGUCGGUCGCCAAGACGAACAACAAAGUAGUCUUAACGCACAAACCGACCGGUCUUGUUGUCCAUUGCCAUACGAGCCGUUCCUUAUUCGAGAACCGCCGAGAAGCCCGCAAACUACUCGUCGCCAGAUUGGACCAGCUGCUCAACGGUGAACAGUCGGUCGCUGGUCAACGGAAGGUUAUCGAACAGCGUAAACAUACAGAAAGUUUGCGACGUAAGAUGCGUCUGCAGGCGAAGAAGAAAGCAUGGAAAGAGCGGGAAGCAACGGAAGGUAGUAAAGAACCGUCGCCACAGGUCGAAUAGAAAGUUUUUUGGUAGUUUUGAUAGAUUUCUUUGUAUUUUAAACAAUAAAUACAGAGUAAAGAAUUGGUAGCAAAUUACCAGGAACUGA